AUGGAGAUACAGUGGCAUUUGUGGAAUAAGGACUGGGGCUCCUUUUUAAGGCCGUGGAUACCUAUACUGUUAGGACUUCACCUCCAGUUCUCCUGGGCCUCCAACUGUCCCGAGGAGUGCCGCUGUGAUCGGACCUUUGUUUACUGCAACGAGCGAAGCCUGACCUCAGUGCCUCUGGGAAUUGGUGAGGGUUAUAAGACCCUUUACCUUCACAACAACCAAAUCAAUAACGCUGGUUUUCCCUUGGAGCUCCAUCACGUGGCUUCUGUGGAAACUGUGUAUCUCUAUGGAAACCAGCUGGAUGAGUUCCCCAUCAACCUGCCCAAAAACGUUAGGGUUAUCCAUCUGCAGGAGAACAAUAUUCAGACCAUCUCCAGAGCGGCUCUGGCUCAGCUGCUUUGGCUGGAGGAGUUGCAUUUGGAUGAUAACUCAAUUUCUACUGUAGGGGUGGAGGCAGGGGCCUUCAGUGAGGCCAUAAGUCUGAAGAUGCUCUUCCUCACCAAAAACCACCUGAGCAGUGUUCCUUUUGGUCUUCCAGAUGACCUGAAAGAGUUGCGUCUGGACGAAAACCGGAUCGCGAUUAUCGCAGAGGAAGCAUUUAGGAAUGUCACCCGCCUAAAGCGCCUCCUGUUGGAGGGGAAUCUUCUGACAGAUGAAGGGAUAGCACCGGGGACCUUUCAGAACCUGGUGACCCUCAGGGAGCUGUCCCUGGCCCGGAACUCACUCACAUACCCUCCCCCGUUCCUCCCAGGGGAGGUGCUUGUCAAAUUAAACUUUCAGGAGAACCAGAUAAACAGGAUCCCUGUGAGGGCGUUCGCAGGGUUGCACAAGCUGGAGAGGCUGGAUAUCUCUAACAACCAGCUGCAGUCCCUGACAGAGGGGGUGUUUGAUGACCUUGUCAGUCUCAGGCAGCUCACUGUUCGGAACAACCUUUGGCUGUGCGACUGCUACAUGAAAUGGGUGGUGUCAUGGCUGAAAUCUCUUCCGGCUUCACUCAAUGUGCGCGGCUUCAUGUGCCAUAAACCUGAAAAGUUCCGGGGCAUGGUGAUCAGAGAGCUGAGUGCCGAGUUGGUCCAUUUCCCACAGAGCACGGUGAAAGUACCUCUGUCCACUUCCCCUGCUGCUCUGAUCCCAUCCCUGGCCUCUUCCUCCCCACUGGUCACCCGGUUUGUUUCCUCUUCCUUGCCCACAUUCCCCACGCUCUUCCCUGUCUACUCAACCAGAGCUAGGGGGUUGAGGACUAAGCAACCUCUGGACUCCAGGAGAGAGACUUUGCAGGACACUUUUGCCAUACUGAAUGGUUCGGCUCUCCAUGUCAGCUGGGUGGCUGCUUUUCCAGUCACUGCCUACAAGGUGACCUGGGCCAGGAUGGGCCCCAGUCUGACAGGGGACACCGUCAGGGAGCGGAUAGUUGGUCGGGAUCACCGAGGGAUCAGACUAUCAAAUCUCAAGGCAAAGUCCACCUAUCGGAUAUGUGUCAUUCCCCUGGAUGGAUUCAAUAAUUACCGGCCCAAGGAUGACACAAUGUGCACAGAGGCCAUGACCACGGCGGCCUCUUUCAGCCCCGACAACAACAAAAGAGCGUCUGGGCCCGAGCAGACCACGCAGCAGGAACCACGCUCACCUUUCCUGCUGGCUGGGCUGAUUGGCGGGGCUGUGAUCGUGGUGCUGGUGGCGCUGCUCAGCAUCUUCUGCUGGCAAAUGCACAAGAAGAGCCGCUCCAAGUCCUCCACCAACUGGAAAUACAACAAGGGUCGCAGAAAAGACGACUACUGCGAGGAAAGCACCAAGAAAGACAACUCCAUCCUGGAAAUGACUGAGGCCAGCUUUCAGAUAGUCUCACUUAACAAUGAACAGCUCCUCAAGGGAGACUUCUGCAUUCAGCCUAUUUACACCCCUAAUGGGGGCCUCGGCUUCAAAGACUCCCCCCUGGAGAACAACAGCACAGUUUACUGCAGGAACAAUGUUCAGGAUGCAGACCUUUGUGGCACAUGA